AUGGGUUACCGCCAGGGCUGGGGCUUGCUCACUGGAGCCACAGCAUCCCCGUGUGACCACACGCACUGCGGCCACCUGACACCCCCCACCUUACCCCCCCAGCCUCCGCCCUCCACGCUGGACAUGGGGCCUCAGAUCAGCUGCUUCCCUCCAAAUAACUUCACAGCGAAGCAGGCCAGCUACGUGGACACAUACUGCUGGGACUCGCUAAUGCACCAUGAGUUCGACACCGAGGGCAACUUUGAGGAGCGAUCUCUCUGGGUCCACAAAAUGUUCCCAUACUCACUCUUGGCGAUGGCGGUGAUGAUGUACCUGCCCGCUCUAAUCUGGCGCUUCUUGGUGACGCCCUGUCUGGGCGCAGACCUGCUCUUCAUCAUCGACGAGCUGGAUAAAGGCUACAACCGCUCCGUCAGGCUAGCCCAGAGCAUCCUGGAGCUCCAGCACAGUGCCACCAACCCACUGGAGUUUCAGACCGAGCUCGAGAGGGCGAAACGGAAGCGCUACUUUGAGUACCCCCUGCUGGAGAGGUACAUGCAGUGCAAGCAGCGCUCCUACUUCCUGGUCAGCAUGCUCUUCCUGCGAAGCUUCCUCCUGCUGGUCUUCAUGUCGGCCGCCUGCCUCUACCUGGUGUACUUCCACCUGUCGGCCUUCCUCCAGGACGAGUUCAGCUGCUUCGUGAAGACCGGCCUCCUCCGCGACCAGCCCUGGGUGCCCGAGCUGGUGCAGUGCAAGAUGACCGGCCUCCUGGUCUUCCAGGUCAUCAGCGUGGCCAACGGCGCGGUCUACGUCCUCCUGGCUCCCAUCAUCCUCUUCAGCCUGCUCCGCCUCUUCUGCUGGGACACCACCUUCCUGUCGCUGUACGAGGUGCUGCCCGCCCUGGGGCUCAUCAGCGGCCGGAAGCUGGGCUGCCCCCUGAACGACCUGAACGUGCUGCUGCUCUUCCUCCGCGCCAACGUCUCGCACCUGCGCUCCUACGGCCGCCUGAGGGCCGUGUGCUCCAUGGCGCCCACCCAGCUGACGCGCGGCAGGGGAACAGAGGCGUACGAGGAGGCCAUGGAGGAGAGGGAGGAGCUGGAGGAGGAGAUGAGGGAGGCCAGGGAGGAGGGCCGGCACAACCUGGUGGACAUCAUGACCAUCCUGGGCGGGAUCAGGGCCCAGGGCAAGGGCUGCUCGGACCACAGGCCUCUGGUAGAGGAAAAUUUGAGUCUUGAACCCUGUAACCACCAGGGGUACCAUGAAUUGAAGGAGACUCCGUCAUAUAAUUUUGCCUAG